GAUGGACAACUAUCAAAAUAUCCAACAAAAAGUCUGUCUUGUAGUUAUUGACGGAUGGGGCCUUUCCGAUGAAAAACAUGGGAAUGCAAUUGCUGAAGCUAGAACACCUAUUAUGGACAAACUUUGUUCUGGAAAUUGGCAAAAAUUGGAAGCACACGGUCUUCAUGUUGGAUUGCCAGAAGGCUUAAUGGGAAAUUCUGAAGUUGGACAUUUGAAUAUUGGAGCUGGAAGAGUUAUUUAUCAGGAUAUUGUUCGAAUUAAUUUGGCUGUUCAACGAAACGAGUUUGUUACAAAUCCCCAGAUUGUUGCAUCAGCUGAGCGUGCAAAAAAGGGGAGUGGUCGAUUGCAUUUAUUAGGACUGGUUAGCGAUGGUGGUGUGCACUCUCAUAUUGACCAUCUUUUUGCAUUGAUACGUGCAUUUAAACAAUUACAAGUGCCAAAGGUUUUCAUUCACUUUUUUGCUGAUGGUCGAGAUACUUCGCCAACGAGUGGAGCUGGUUAUCUUGAACAACUUCUUCAAUUUAUCUCUGCGGAAAAGUAUGGAGAAUUGGCUACUAUUACUGGGCGUUAUUAUGCAAUGGAUAGGGACAAAAGAUGGGAGCGUAUUAAGAUGGCUUAUGAGGCAAUUAUUGGUGGUAUUGGGCAAAGAGCCACUGUGGAUAGAGCUGUCGAUGUUGUUAGAGAGCGAUAUGCGCAAUCCGAGACUGACGAAUUUCUUAAACCAAUUGUUUUUUCUGACGACGGGCGAGUGAAAGACGACGAUACUCUCAUUUUCUUCAAUUAUCGUGCUGAUCGUAUGCGUCAAAUUUGUGAAUGUUUGGGUCUCGAACGUUAUAAGGAUCUUAAUAGUUCGAUUCUUCAUCCUAAAAAUAUUCAAAUUAGUGGGAUGACUCAAUACAAUAAAGAAUUUCCAUUUCCAUCACUUUUCCCUCCUGUGACUCAUACUAAUGUGCUUGCUGAAUGGCUUGCUUCUCAAGGAGUUACUCAAUUUCAUUGUGCGGGUAAUUGA